AUGGGCGACACGCGAGAUGCCCUCACGCUUUGGUUCGCGCCGGCGUUGGGGAGCGCGUUGGCCCAGGUCAUGUUUCUGAGCCCGUUCCCGGAAAUCGAGCGGUGCAAGACGAAGCGCUCGCUCGGACACCUGAACGCGCUGCCGUAUCCGUUCGUGGCGGCGAAUUGCGCGGCGUGGAUGAUUUACGGUGGUAUCAGUGGGAACUAUUGGGUGUAUAUUCCAAACUUUACUGGAUACUUUUGCGGGACGUAUUACUCUUUUGUGGCGUAUGCGCUCGACGAGAAGAUACGGGGAACGAUGGAACGCAUAGUUGCGGUAUUAAUCAUCUUGGUUAGUUUCAUAGGGAUGGUAGUGAGUUGUGUGAUGAAGAAUUCGAGCGAGAGCGCGCGCCUUGUGGUGGCUGGGAUCUUGGCAAACUUGAUUCUGGUGGUGUACUACUCGGCGCCGCUGUCGACGAUGGCGGAAGUCGUCAGGACGAAGGAUUCAAAGUCCAUGCACUUUCCUCUGGUGUUUUGCAACGGACUCAAUGGCCUGUGCUGGACCACGUAUGGCAUAGCGUUGAACGACUGGUGGAUCGCCGCGCCGAAUCUUUUCGGUUCUGUGCUCUCCAUCGUACAGGUCGUUCUUAUUUUCUUGUACCCAAGCUCAGAACGCUUACGCAGUCGGAUCACGCCGACUCCCUCCGUCGAAGGGCUAGUGUCGAUGAGUUCGGAUUCUUCUCCGCUUUGA